AUGUCUCUCCCAAGUACCGCCUCAUCCCCAGAUCCUGCGACAAGCCCUCCUGGCGAGGAUAUUGACCUGACCCGCGAGCGGGCGUCACAGACAAACCCUCGUGAGAGUGACGCCCCAGCUGAGACCUCAGCCCCCAUCGUCCUCGAUUCCGAUUCCGACCCCGAUGUUACCGAGUUGCCCACACCCCCAACACACAAUGUCCCCGCAAAACAAACUCAGACCCGAGCACACUAUGGUGAAGCGACUGGCCCCGAAGCCUAUGUUAGAAGCCUGCCUCAUCGAUCUGCCGCGCCACCAUGCAAUGGUUCACAAAGCCGGCCCGGACUGGUAGGAUCGACAUACGAUACCGCAAUAGAUAUUAGCUCUUCACCUCCGGCACUGAGCAGAGUCGUUAGCGUUCCCCGAUCCCCGCCAUCCUUGUCUCGAAGGGUUUCGCAGCGAUCUAGCUACAUCGGCGACGAGUACCCAGCACCGCAUAGAGGUCCUCCAUCCGCUACAUCUAUAUUUGAUGUCGAUAUGCCUCAAACACAUUGGCUUGGGAACAGCCCAGGUCGAUUUAGUGCGCCUGGAAGACGAUUGUCCCGGGAUACUCUCGAGGCGCCAGGUGUCUAUGGCGGUUACAGAUUUCCCGACAUGACUCGGUCUCAAAAUGGCGCCGGCGAGGCAAGCAUCCGGGAUCCAGUAUCCCGAAGAAGACCGUCAUCUAUGUUCAUGCCUCACCCGUCGCGAGAUUUGGUCGAUGGCUUCGAGAAUAUGAUGUAUGGAACGUCGCCUACUUCCACCAGACGAUUUUCCGGGGGGUCACCGCGCUAUUACUCCGAUAAUGCCGGGCCACCACGGCGUCAAAGCUCGGAUAUCUAUGACCCCAGCUCACGGAACAGGUCCUUUUCCGAUCGAUACCCAGGCGAGUCGUCCAGUCUAUCUCGACCAGGUGCCCACCAGCGAUAUUCAAGUAUGAGCACGCCAAGAUGGCAGGGUGCCGAAGGACCUAGUCGCAAUCGUCGUGACAGGGGUUCAUUGCCUACAUCAGGGCAAACGCUGCGAAACACGACCCUCGACGAUAUUUUCCAAGAUAUCAGUCUUCCGAGAUGGCAACCUGACUCGGAAGUAUCGACCUGUCCUAUUUGCGAGACAAUUUUUAGCUUCUGGCAUCGAAAACACCAUUGUAGAAAGUGUGGCCGGGUCGUAUGUGCUGCAUGCUCACCUCAUCGUAUCACAAUUCCCCGACAGUAUAUUGUUCGACCACCGGAGUCCACAACUACCCCGCCCCCUGGUUCUUCGCCACCUUCCUCAUCCAAUGUUGUCGAUCUGACAGGCGAUGAUGUCCCGACUUCAAACCCCGUUCUCAAUCCUGCCCUGGGAGGUGGGGAAGAAGUCCGCCUAUGCAAUCCUUGCGUACCGGAUCCCAAUCCCAACCCACUGGGAUAUGACGCUUUACGCCCGCAUGGUCACCGCUCCACUCAUUCUUUGUCGUCGACCAUGGGAGGUGCCUGGACUCCCGAUAGUCGCAGUUCACGACAAGGCCGACUAACUGUUGGUGCGAAUGACCGACCGUCAGCACUGGGAGGACUACGCCAGGACGCUCAACGAUCUUUCCAAGCCCCAACAGGAGAACGAGCCUCACGAACUAACUCGAUAUACCCGGUAUUCAAUCCACCGGAACAAGCGCAGCGUCCUUCGGCAGUUUCUGAACGAGAUCUCUGUCCCAUAUGUGGCAGCAGGUUCCCACCUCUCGAUGACGAGCAUCCUGCUGAAGCCCGCGAAGCACAUAUCCGGCAAUGCAUCGAUGGAUACGGGGCAAGUCGUGAUUCCCCCGGCAGUCAAGGUCCCGCCGAGGGUUCGGCACUGAAUUCUCCGCCACAUUCUCCUCCUAUCGCUCGUAUGCUGGCAUUUGUUGCGACAGAGAAGGACUGCCUCGGUGAUGAUGGCGAGGUGUCAGAGUGCACGAUCUGCAUGGAGGAUUAUGAGGUUGGGCAGGUCCUAGCCCGGUUGGAGUGUCUUUGUAAAUUCCAUAAGGAGUGUAUUGUGGAUUGGUUUGGGAGAAAGGCUGAGUGCCCGGUGCACAAGCUGUCAUACUAG